AUGGCAGAAGUAGCUCCAGCCGCCUUGCCGGCCAAAGCAGCCAAGAAGAAGGUUUCCAAGCCGAAGAAGGCCGGCCCCAGCGUCAGCGAGCUCAUCGUUCAGACUGUGGCCGCUUCCAAGGAGCGGAGCGGCGUGUCUGCGGCCGCCCUCAAGAAGGCUCUGGCUGCCGGAGGCUACGAUAUGGACAAGUACAAGGCCCGCGUCAAGACCGCCAUCAAGAGCCUGGUGGCGAAGGGGACUCUGGUCCAGACCAAGGGGACCGGAGUCUCCGGUUCCUUUAAGAUGAACAAGAAGGCUGUUGACACCAAGGCUAAGAAGCCAGUCAAGAAAGCCGCUCCUAAAGCCAAGAAGCCCACAGCGGCCAAGAAGCCCAAGGCAGCGGCAGCUAAGAAGCCAGCAGCUGCGAAGAAGUCGCCGAAGAAGGCCAAGAAACCCGCAGCGGUCAAGAAAGCAGCCAAGAGCCCCAAGAAGGCCCCAAAGAGCCCAAAAAAGGUGACCAAGAGCCCCAAGAAAGUGGUCAAAAAGGCCCCUGCAGCCAAGAAAGCCCCCACGAAGAAGGCUGCCAAGCCCAAAGUGAAAAAGGCAGCACCCAAGAAGAAGUGA